AGCUCUUUGCCACUAGUUAGGUCGAAAAGACCAUGUAGAGAUGCCCCUGCCCACAGAGCCUACCGUCACACUUGUAAGAUCAAAUCAGAUCUAACUGUGCACAGCAUGCCAAACCCCAUUUUUUAUGUAUUAAACAAUUAUUACAUUGUUGGUGUUGCACCAAGCCGAACACAUGAAAUCCAUAGGGGCGGGGGAUAUAUAGUUGUGGGGCUAGUAAAUAUGUUCGCCUAUCUGCCACCAUUCCAAGAUCUCAAUGUUUCCCCUCGUUAUUGUCCAUCGCGAUUUAUACUUCUCCACACAUACUAUACUCUCUUCCAUCGCAAUAGUCAAGAAGAAUUGAUCUCAUAAACGACACAACCAUGGCAGACUUCCCAACCCUCGAGCCAGCAUUUACGAUGCAGGUCAAAAUUCAACCUCCAACUGAAGUUGGAAGUGUUGCACGCGGCACCAAGCUUAUGAUUACGCCCAUGAUCGCUGGAACCAUCAAAAGUGAAGCCACAUUCUCCCCAGCUCUCAAUGGCGAGUUUGUCGGUCAGGGUAACGAUUAUAUUCACGUCGAUCCUGAUGGGAAGCAUUUGAGACUUGACGCCCAUGGAGUUAUCAAGACAACAGAUGAUGCGAUCAUCUACCUCAACUAUACUGGUAUCGUCGAUAUGACCCCAGACCUGCAAGCGAUCUUAAGUGGUAAAUCUGAGUCAACGGUGACUCCAUUUGGAAAUUCAUUUAUCCAUCUGACUUUCGAGACCGGCGAUGCAAAGUACGCCAGCCUCGAAACGGGCGUAUGGGUUGCCGCCGGGCACUUCAUCUACGAGAAGGGUAAUCCCCCCAUCGUGGAGUACAAAGUUAGCAAGGUUACCCACAUGUCCUAAAGACCUGAGAAUGGACUAAGCCGCGAUGGAAAUAGUCUUUUCUUUUUCCGUAUAUUUUGCGUUUAUAACGUAUAAAUGUAUGAUACGGGUGCGACCAUAGCUAGUCUCCAAUAUUGUGCCUAGGAUGUUCACGCCUUGGCGUAGAAAUUGAUAUUCUCAAUGUUUAAAUCAUGUAUGUUGCAAGUACUCCGAGAUAUAUGGAAUGCCAAAAGUGCCGCUGAAGCAAGACGAAGUGCAAGGGAUAUAAUAUAUCAGUCAAUUGUCCUAAAAUAGAAAAACUAAAUAUGACAAGAACAGCCCACUUCCUCCACAAAGAACUCCCAAUAAUAAUAAUAAUAGCAGUCGUAAUCAUAAUCGGCAUAUAAACAACCCCAUCCUUAAACCAACAACGGCCUUCUCUCCUCCUCAACAACAAAAACAAGCCUCCUCUCCCCUCCCCUCUCUACCCACCGUCUCGUUCCACGAUCACGCUCACGACCAUGAUCACGCCCACGACCAUUACCAUUACCAUUACCAUAACCAUAGCCAUGAUCACGCCCACGCCCACGACGAACACCAUACCCAUAGUCAUACCCCCACGUCCUCCCCCGAUCCCUCCUCCAAACCUCCGCAGCCCUCCACCCCUUCCUCCCCAGCACAACACCACACCACCCCACAAGCACAAGCACAAGCGUACCCAGCACCGAAACCACACCGGUCAGGAGCGUGAAGGUGCUGACGUUGCAGCCGAGCGGGGCUGCGCGAAGCUCCCAGCGCUCGCGGGCGGCGAGAGGGCAGAUGGCGGAGGAGGUUAGUGGGGCGAGGAGGGGGAAGAGGGAGCGGUUGGGGACGCAGGUUGAGGACUGGGGAGAGGAGUUAAUUAGUUGAUUUUUUUUGGAGGUUUGGAAGGUGGGAAGAGUCAGU